GCGCUGAAGCUGCCGCACGUGGAGUACGUCGAGGAGGAUGCCUACGUCUUUGCCCAGAGCAUCCCCUGGAACCUGGGCAGGAUCGUGCCGCCGCAGCCUGGUUCGAGUGCCUACAGCCCUCCCAAUAAAGGUGACCUAGUGGAGAUUUACUUGCUGGACACCAGUGUGCAGAGCACCCAUCGGGAGAUUGAGGGCAAGGUGCUUGUCACUGACUUCGAGAGUGUCCCCGAGGAGGACGGCACCCGCUUCCACAGGCAGGCCAGCAAGUGUGACAGCCAUGGGACCCACAUGGCCGGGGUGCUGAGCGGGCGUGAUGCCGGCGUGGCCACGGGCGCCAACAUCCGCAGCCUUCGUGUGCUGAACUGCCAGGGGAAGGGCACCGUCAGCAGGACCCUCAUCGGCCUGGAGUUUAUCAAGGCGACGCUGGAGGCUCAGCCCUACGUGCCACUGGUGGUGCUGCUGCCCUUUGCCGGUGCCUACAGCCGCGUGCUGAACGCUGGCUGUCGGCGGAUGGCGCAGAUGGGGGCGGUGAUGGUUGCGGCUGCUGGUAACUACAAGGACGAUGCCUGCCUGUACUCGCCAGCCUCCGAGCCAGAGGUCAUCACGGUCGGUGCCACCAACAAUGAGGACCAACCCGCUUCCAUCGGCACCCUGGGCACCAACUUUGGCCGUUGCGUGGACCUGUUCGCCCCGGGGGAUGACAUCAUUGGCGCCUCCAGUGACUGCAGCACGUGCUUCACAGCACAGAGCGGGACGUCGCAGGCGGCGCAGGCGGCUGCACACGUGGCAGGCAUUGCUGCCAUGCUGCUCAGCGCUGAGCCCCAGCUGAGCCUCGCCGAGCUCCGGCAGCGCCUCCUGCACUUUGCCGUCAAGAAUGUCAUGGACAUGGUGUGGUUCCCUGAGGAGCAGCGGCUCCAGACGCCCAACAGUGUGGCUGGGCUACCUGCCCAGCUGGGCACAGAUGAGCAGCUGUACUGCCGCUCGGUGUGGUCGGCGCGCUCGGGGCUCACCCGGCACGCCACGGCCGUGGCUCGCUGUGCUGGUGCCGAGGAGAUGCUCAGCUGCUCCAGCUUGUCCCGCAGCGGCAGGCGGCUGGGGGAGCACAUGGAG